AUGGAUGUUCAGCGCACCCGAGAGAUGCUCCUGGAACUGGCCUCGGAGCCGGGCUUUGCGCCAGCGCUGCUUGGGCCCUGCAGCUUCUGCGACCUCCCUGGAGCGACCGUCAUGUCGUGCCUUUCGCAACUGCCCAGCCGGCGCCCUUCCGGAGCGAGCACUUGUUCGGCCAUGCCCCCUGUGCCACCGACACUGAGGUUCUCCUUCGGCCCCACAGCCUCGGGCCACGAUGCCGCCUGCAGCACCGCGUGCCUGGUGCACAAGGGGGGCCUCAAGUCCCUGGACGCCGCCUUAGCCAUGCUGCAGAUGCUUCUGGACAGCGGCGAGGCAUACCGCAUCCAGGGUUACCUCGCCUUCCUGCCGGAACACUGCGAGAGGGGAGAUGAGUUCCCCCCUCCGGUGGAGCGGCUCUGGGCGCUGCCCAUGGUGGUGGUGGAAGGCUUCUUCCGCGGGCGCCUGGAGAUUUCCCCCGUGACGCGGGCGGCGGCGGACAGCGCCGUUGCGCCUGCGCAGCCGGUCCAGGAGUCUGCCUUUGAUGCCGCAGCGACAGAUCGCGGAGGCUGCAAAGUCUUCCUCUGCGGCCGGAACUUGGAGGAGCCGCAGCUGCGCGCCCAGCUGCGGCGCAUCGCCGCGCCGGGGUUUGGUGGCCCAGUGUGCAAUCUGGAAGAAUGGCCUGAGGCCGCCCAGGCUCUAAACCUGCGCGAUCAGAAGGUGAAGGCGGCCUUGGCCAUCGAGCCUUUCGAUGCAUCCGUCGGCCAAGGUCGCGAAGCAGCGGAGGCCUUCGCCGCCAAGCUGGCGGGGGCUCUCAACCUCGAUCUGCCGGCGCCCUUGGCGCCGUUGGCGCGGCGGAGCAUGCUGGGCCGCCUGCGCCGUGGCAGCGUCACUGAAGCGGUGGAGGUUCACUGGGUGGACGGCAAAGUGACUGUAUCGGCCCCCAGCCUCGAGACGCAGGCCACAGGAGCUUUGCGCUUCGUGCCAAACCCCGGAUAUGAAGUGCUCGUGCUGGGAAGUGGCUCGGAAGCGAAGUUUACUGCCGGCAGCGUGCGUCGCCUGAGCAGCACACUGCUGCCUCAAGUCGUUGUGCAGGUCAACGGCAAGAUCGUGAGAAGUUUGGAGGAGUGGCGGGCGGCGCUUGUUCCCGAUGCUGGGCGCAUUUGGCGCCUGGAGACGGAUUUGGGCAUCGUGCUGGCAUUGCCCUUUGAGGAGACUCUCUCGACACAGAUGUCCAGCGGCAAGGUGGAUUCCUAUCUUCUCACCGAAGGAUACUUGCCGGACCCCAAAUACAAGCAGUGUCAGCACUGGCGGGUGGACUCCGGAGGAGCGCUGUUCGCUGUUCGCUCGCUGGAUCCGCUACCAGAAGACAUGGACGGGUGUCGGCAGCUCAGGUUGCGACUCAUGCGACUCGCAAGCGCUCCCGACAACCCUGGGGAGCUGGCAAUGGGGCACAGGUGCUUCAUCGUGCCAUGCUUCAUAUCCGAGUCGGGCUCCUCUACUGCACGCCUCAUGGAGAAGAGGUUCACCGAGUCGAAGCAUGAGCUCUUCAGAUCGGCCUUUCAGAAGACCAGCGUCUUCAUGGCGCUGCUGACGGCCGGGGUGGCGGUGUGGGCCACCACUCAGGCGCUCUGGCUCCGGGCGGCUUUGCUGUGGGGGUUAAUGCUUCCUCUGUAUGCCGCCUACGGUGCGAUUUCCAGCCACCGCCACUGGAAGCGCGCGCUGCGCUGCCGAAGGCUGCUGGUGCUGGCGCUUUGCGCGCAAAGCGCGGGCUCCGCCCUGGCGGAGAUGCAGCGGCCGCUGCCCACCUCGGGGCUGCUGCUGCUGCACACCGCCUUCGUCAACAAUUUUUGCCCACUGUCCGUCCUAGAGAUCCUUCUCGUAGCGGUGUGUGGGGUGCCGACGAAGAUCAUCAUUGGGCUUCUUCCAGACUGGAAGGUGACGCUGGAGCAGGCCCACUGCGCAGAGCAGCCUGGGGCCACCACCAUCUUCCGUGACAUCUUGCUGCCACCGCUGGUCUGUGCCUGCCAGUUCGUUUUAGCCAUUUGGCGCGACGAGACCAUGCGACUGGACCUGCUUUUGCGGGACCAGCUCCAGAUGCAGCGUAAUAAGCUGAAGCAAGAGACCCGGAAGAGCGAGGACCUGCUUCAGAGCAUGCUUCCGCAGGCC